UGUUAUUGUGACAUGUGAUAAAGGUUGUCAUGAUGACACUUCAGUUUGCUUUCAGCUGAGAAAAUAGUCAAAACGACAGAAAUCAGGGAACAAGAGAAAAAAAAAAAUAUGAAAAUUUCGACAGCUUCAUAAAAGUCAGAAAAUUGUAUAAAGAAAAGACGUCAACAAGUAGAGCGAUAAAGAUGAGAAGGAAUGACAUGACAUCGAAACGAAAAACGGCAACCAAUUCAUCGAAUAUGAACUUUCGCCCCGCCGGAUACGAUCCACAGCGUCAAGACACAAAAGGCACACGACCAACGGCGAAUCCAACCACCGUUCGUGAAGUAUUGCUCCAGAUGCUGAUAUUUUUGUGCAAAAAGGUCAUUUUCUUCGAUGUAAACCUAAAAGUGGCAUUAUAUUUGGGUAGUUUAUUUUUAGUAUCGUUGAUCGGUGAUUUUGCACCGUAUCCAAAGACAUAUUUUGCACGAUCUGAUAACAUUUUCAAUGUGUAUUUUGUGAAAUGGGGCUGGGCAUGGACAUUAGUAUUAAGUGUACCGUAUUUGGUGCUAACAUCAUGCAUUUUAUGCGUUGGAAAUCGUGAGAAACUAAUCAGAGAACAUUUGCCACGCAUCUUAAUUGCAACAUUUUUCUGGUUCUUCUGGACGAAAGUGUUCAAUUUGGUCGAGACAAUGUAUGGACGAUGCAAUGUGAAGAAUUUCGAUUCGAAAAUUGCCUGCUUAAAGGGUGGCCACUUCUGGAAUGGUUUCGACAUCUCUGGCCAUGCAUUUAUACUCAUUUACUCCAGUUUAGUGUUAAUCGAAGAGGCAAAACCGAUCAUCGGCUGGGAGAAUAUCAAAGAGCAUUUGCGAAACGAAGAGCAUAAUCGACUUACCCGCGAAGAAUCAUCCGUUAAUCCGUUGCGAAAUCUCGACGAUGAUGAACUACAGAAUGUUAAAUCAUUGUACGAAAAAUAUACGCCAGUUAUUCGAGUUCUGUUUAUUUCGAUGACUGCGUUGCAGCUACUUUGGGACGUCAUGUUGGUGUGCACAAUGCUUUACUAUCACAAAAUGAUCGAAAAGGUGCUCAGUGGCAUUUUUGCCAUUCUCACGUGGUUCUUCACAUAUCGUGCUUGGUAUCCAGCCAAUUCAUUGUUACCAAAUUGUGCAGGCCACGGCAAGUUCAUAUAUCAAAAGACAAAAAUACAACCGGCCGUACCGUUCCGUAAACAGUCACUAAACUACAACAACGCUGGAUCGUCGACGGGCCAAUCAAACAAUACGCCCAAAUUCAUGGGGAUGCCAAUUUAUCCACAAAAAACCACAACCGCAACCGAAUGAACCCUCAAUGCAGAUACUUUGUUAAAUAGAUUAGAAUAGCAUAAAUUUGUUUUCAUCGAAAGACUCCUCGACUACUUGUUCACUCUCUCUAUUUGCUUAAUUUAAACUUAAAUAGGUUUCAAAUAGACUUAAAUUAAACAAAAAACAAACCAAUUGGGAACAAUGAUAUAUGACCAUUUACAAAACGAGGUGAUUUGAUAUUCGUCUUUUGCGCAUUUUUAUGAUGCCAUUUUUAUGAUAUCAUUUUUUCUUGGAAUUUAAGUAAAUCAAUCAGUCAAUAUUUGCUAUUUCAAUAAACAAAACUUUUUUUUUUCUACUAUUAACAUUUAUUUAGCGUUUGUACUACGUUGUAAUUUUUGCCUAGUGGGAAUGUUUGUUGAGUGUCCUUUUUGGUCAAUUGUUAAAUAAACAAAAAAACAGAUAUUUUUGUAAAUAAAUGCUACCCAUCGAAUGGAAAUAAAGCGAAAGAUUCGAAAA